ACCUUACUUCAUACUCUAUACUGCCUACUCCCAUUGUAGACUAGUCAUAAAGCAGCGAAUAGCGAGAAUUGUUUUGAAUCCAAAGAAAAAGUUGCGAAUCACUCGAAUAUCACAAUGAUCAUUCCUGUGAGGUGUUUUACUUGCGGAAAAGUAAUAGGAAAUAAAUGGGAAGCGUACCUGGGACUUCUUCAAGCAGAAUAUACUGAAGGAGAUGCCUUGGAUGCACUGGGUCUAAAAAGAUAUUGUUGUCGCAGGAUGCUUCUUGGACAUGUCGAUUUAAUUGAAAAAUUACUUAACUACGCUCCAUUAGAGAAAUAAAAAGGCUAUUUAUCACAAAUAUUUAAUACAUGUGUAUAAUGUCUGUAUGUAUAUUUCUUACAAUUACAAAUAUUUAUUGCAAUGUUUUGCUAUUGAUGCAUUUCAUAUUUCAGUUGGUAAACAUUUUGUCAUUUAUUAAUAUAGUAUUUUGUAUAAGUUGACAAUAUAAGUUAAAUUGUAAUUGUUAUAUAUAAGGUUAACAUAAGGUAAAAUAACAUUUGUAAUAUUUUACACAAAACUGACAAAAACUAUUAAUUUGUAUAAGAUUGUAGACAUCAAAGACAAACAUCUAUGUGAUAAAAUAUAUAUUUAAGAAUAGAAUUGUAUGAACAGCAGUGAUGUUAUAUGUAAAAAUCUAAUGGAAGUUAAAUAAAAAAAUAAGAACUGUCUUUACAAAAUGUAAAA